UUGCGAACAGUGAUCACGCAGUACCUCCAAAUCCCCGGCGCACUAUUCACGAUUACGCCUCCCUCCCUCUCGGCUUUCCGCCAUUCCUUUUCCUCGUGUGAGAAGCUCGCUCGCGAGUUCGAUUCUUUGCGCGUGAACGGAAACGGCCACGCGUUCGGCCUGCCGUCGGAGGAAAUGCUGUCGGCGGGGGCGAUGGCGGUUGAAUGUUAG